CUCACAGACUGACAAUUUAAUCAACUUUGUAUGACCAAGCCGGGUAGAGGGGACCUCUCUUCAGAUCGACACCAACAUCCAAUGCAGUUGGGGAUGAUCCCUGAAGAAGGGCCUCUACCGGUGGAUGACGCCUUUGUGGAGGAGCAGAAGCCUCGUGCACCGACGCAGUCGACGACAACGACGACGACGACGACAAGGACGAGGAGAGGAAGCUGUGGUCACUGGUGUGGUGGAAUUGGCGAAAAGCUGAAGAGCAAUCUUUUGAAAGUGCUGCCGGCUAUAACGAUCGAUGCAUCACAGGAGUAUCGGAAUCAAGAUCAGUUCCGAGUGGAAGGAGCUUUUGUAUUUAACAACAACAACAACAGCACUGAGGAUACUAGAGAGAUUGAGUCAUCGCGUUAUGCGAGGCCAAAGAGCAUUGCAUUGCAGAAUGGGGAUAUCCCGGACCCGCCUAUCUAUGAGCUCAAAAAGCGGGCAAGAAGCUUGAGCGGAGCGAAGCACAAGCCGGUGGUUGAGGAGACGGAGAAACUCCAAGCAGAAGAUGAAGGUCGUCACACAGGCGGGGAUAGAGAGCCUCUGAUGCCUUCACGAGACUAGACUCGCUAUAUAUGAAAAAAACCUCUACUGCUACGCCUUACUACAGUCAGUUUCAUAGCUGCAAGUCUGUGCACAUUCUGUCAAGUCACGGGUUGGGGUCGCGACACUCUUCCCGUUCAUUAUGCAGUUCCAGACGCAUUUGUGCGAGCCGUCGCUUUGUAGCAGCUUCACUACGGUAGUCGUGGGGCCUCGUACGGCUAUUUGUUAUAAUUUCGAAUACGAUGGCAGUACUGAUACGUGUAGAAGUACAAUUAUGUCUCAUAUUAAAUACGAAUCGUUCAUCUCAAAAUUUUCUUCAUAUUCGUCAUCGUCGAAGAUCU